CGCUUGCUCGUCUUUCUCGCGUCUAUUAUAAAGAAAAGAAAAUACAAAGCCCACGACGCACUCUCUCCAUUACCAGGUUUCUAGAGAGAGAAAGCUACACAGGUUUUUUAGAGAGAGAGAGAGUUAGAGGAACUUGGUGGAUCUAGAUCCUGAGCUCUGUUUGCGUAAGCUACUAUGGCGAGAGUGUCUCUCGCAUUAUGGAUCUGCGCCUGUGCUUUGCUAUUGGUUCAUUCUCAUUGCUUCUAUCUCCCUGGAGUCGCUCCCGAGGAUUUCUUUAUUGGGGAUGAAUUGAAAGUAAAAGUAAACAAACUGACAUCAACAAAAACACAGCUUCCAUACUCAUUUUAUUCCCUCCCAUACUGCCGUCCAAAGAACAUAGUUGAUAGUGCAGAAAAUCUUGGGGAAGUUCUUCGUGGUGAUCGUAUUGAAAAUUCUCCUUAUGUGUUUAAAAUGAGAGAACCGCAAAUGUGCAAAAUUUUAUGUCGCAUUACACUUGAUGCAAAGACAGCAAAGGAAUUCAAGGAAAAGAUAGAUGAUGAAUAUAGGGUGAACAUGAUCUUGGACAACCUUCCACUGGUAUUCCCCAUUCAAAGGCCUGAUCAGGAAAAUUCUGUAGUGUACCAGCAUGGCUUUCAUGUUGGUCUCAGGGGACAGUAUGCUGGAAGUAAAGAGCAAAAGCAUUUUAUUCACAAUCACUUGGCAUUUACUGUUAAAUAUCACAAGGAUGCUCAGACAGAUUCAGCUAGGAUUGUUGGAUUUGAAGUGAAGCCAUUCAGUGUUAAGCACGAGUUUGGAGGUGAGUGGAAGGAUACUGAUACCCGUUUAACAACCUGCGACCCCCAUGCAAAACGAUUGGUUACCAACUCAGAAACUCCUCAAGAGGUGGAGGAUAAGAAGGACAUUAUCUUCACAUAUGAUGUUGAGUUCCAGGAAAGUGAUGUGAAAUGGGCAUCUCGGUGGGAUACAUAUCUUCUGAUGGCUGACGAUCAGAUUCACUGGUUUUCAAUUGUCAAUUCAUUGAUGAUUGUUCUUUUCCUUUCGGGGAUGGUCGCUAUGAUCAUGUUGCGGACACUUUACCGGGAUAUCUCUAAGUACAACCAACUAGAGACCCAAGAAGAGGCGCAAGAAGAGACUGGGUGGAAGUUGGUCCAUGGGGAUGUUUUCAGGCCACCGGCAAAUUCAGAUUUACUCUGUGUCUAUGUUGGGACAGGAGUUCAGUUUUUUGGAAUGAUUCUGGUUACAAUGAUCUUUGCUGCCCUCGGUUUCCUUUCCCCCUCAAACCGUGGUGGGUUGAUGACAGCCAUGCUCCUCCUCUGGGUAUUUAUGGGCCUGUUUGCUGGAUACUCGUCAGCUCGUCUCUACAAGAUGUUCAAGGGAACAGAAUGGAAGAAAAUCACCCUCAAAACAGCCUUCAUGUUUCCUGCAAUAGUCUUUGCUAUUUUCUUCGUAUUGAAUGCUCUAAUAUGGGGUGAAAAAUCUUCUGGUGCAGUGCCAUUUGGAACCAUGUUUGCACUGGUAUUUUUAUGGUUUGGUAUCUCAGUUCCACUUGUCUUUGUUGGUAGUUAUAUUGGUUUUAAGAAGCCAGCAAUUGAGGAUCCAGUGAAAACUAAUAAGAUACCAAGACAGAUCCCAGAACAGGCAUGGUACAUGAACCCGGCCUUUUCUAUCCUUAUUGGAGGCAUUCUGCCAUUUGGAGCUGUGUUUAUUGAGCUAUUCUUCAUUCUUACCUCCAUAUGGUUGCAUCAGUUCUACUACAUAUUUGGCUUCUUAUUCAUUGUCUUCAUAAUCCUUAUCGUAACUUGUGCGGAGAUCACAAUUGUGCUCUGCUACUUCCAGCUAUGCAGCGAGGACUACCUCUGGUGGUGGAGGUCAUACCUGACUUCAGGUUCCUCUGCACUUUAUCUUUUUCUUUAUGCUGCUUUCUACUUUUUCACAAAGCUUGAGAUUACAAAGCCAGUCUCUGGGGUGUUGUACUUUGGAUACAUGCUGAUUGUCUCAUAUGCUUUCUUCGUGCUGACUGGUACAAUUGGUUUCUAUGCCUGCUUCUGGUUUACCAGGCUCAUCUACUCAUCAGUGAAAAUUGAUUGAUUGAUUGAUCCUUUAGUUUCUGAAAUGAAUGACCUAUUGGUUUCUACACGGAAAACAUAUUAUUUAGACAGGGUCUGAGAGGUGGAUAUUGGUACCUCAAGAGUUACCAUUCAGGUUCAGUUUUGAAUUGUUAAAUCAUAGAAAUUGUUAUUAGUCUUCUUUUCUUACAGGUUCUUUGGCAGGUCUAGUAAUUUUUUGUUUUUUGGUUUUUCUGCUAUUGUGUUUUCUGUUUUGUAUGUGAACAUUGGAGGGGAUUGUUGAACAGUCGCUCUUCCUAUUCUAGAAAUGAAAAACAACUUGUAUUAUUGGUGCUAGUUCCCGUUCCAUCCUAUUUGUAAUCUAUUUGGAAUUAAUAA